GAUGAAUUCACCAAUUGCCGGAUCGUACAUGAAACCAUUGACACCGUUGCCCAAACUCAGGACCAUCAUAGUGGCAGAUCCGUAAAGGGCAUAUCCAGCAGCUACUUGCUGCCUGCCCGGCUGAAGGGCGUCUUGGAGAGAUGGAACGCCCUCAGUUUGCUUCCGGUAGAUCCCGAAGAUUGAACCAAUGGACACCAGGCAAUCGAUGUUGGAAGAUCCGUCCAGAGGAUCGAAACAAACGAUGUACUUGCCCUGCUUUUCAACCUCAAUCUGCAAAAAAAAUAUUUCAGAGAGGAUCUUCAGAGUGACCAGAUAGGAAAAGAAAAUGCCACUUACCUCGAUGUAGGUUUCGUUCUCUUCUGAGACAAGGAGGCAUGUCGUGAAGGAUGAGGAUAACAUGUUAACGAAGAGUUCAUUGGAUAAGACAUCGAGUUUCUUGACUUCCUCGCCUUGAACAUUGGUAUCGCCUGAGAUUCCAUGUCUGAAAAUGCAUCCAGAAUAUUGAUUUUUUAAAGGUAAUUGGAAAAUUCAAUUAGCUUCUGUGACAACAUUUGUAGACGGUACAAGGAAUUUGCGGUUAAACUAAAGAUUUUUAUUAUAUCACGGCAAAAAGAGCUCCACCCUCGAUGGCACUUCAAUUUGUUUGCCAAAGUCCACAUAUGAGAAAAAUAAUGCCCAGACAUGGAGAAACAAUCAUCUCUCCUAAGGAGAGAGAGACACAAAAUUUACGCGGGAAUCAUGCUAAUACCCUGAACACACAUGAAAUAUCACUUGGCGGCAAACCGGCGGUGAAUUGAAGCGUGGGAGAACAACUUGAGUACAAAUGGAAGUAUCAAUAUUUGUCGUUGAUGCCGAACAACAUCCUUCCCUGUCGCGCCAAAAGCCACUGGGGUAGACGUUGAAGUGAGACAACCAGGUGAGAUGCAGAGAAUGAAGUUGUGCUUCCAGGUUGAUUGUGACGAUUGGCUGAUGCCGAAUGAGGGGCCAGAACAAAUGGUGAGCAGCAACGAAUCGGAUUUACCUGACGCUCCACUUCCUCACUCACGAUCCAUCAUUCAGCAGUUGCUGCUCAGCUCUUGUACCGCGCAGUCCGGCAACUUUGCGCCUUUUUUAAAACUAUCAAUGUGCCUCAAAGUUAGUGCCUUUUAAAUUUAAUCAGUGAUUUUUUUUCUCGUAAUUUCCUUUUUGACAAAAAACAUUAAGCAAAGUAAGAAACGUUUUAAAGAACAGUUCAUGGACCACAUCACAUCAGUAAUUCACAAAUGCAAACCUACAACAAAAAAACAAAAAUAGUGUAAAAAUCUAAAAUUCUGUGAAGAUAUUCUGAUGGCCCACACUAAAGGAUACUUUGUGAUCGUGUGAACAGAUCCGCCGUGUCAAUUUAAUCACAAUCGGUUGGGUGUGGAGGAAGCGUCCGGCUGCAGAGGAACAAGUGAAAUCGCGUGUGUUAGUGGGAUAAUUGGAGAUUAAUUUGUGAGAGAAAGAGAGUGGGACCAAGGGAAUUGUGCUUGCGAACGUUUUUUUCUGGGGAUAACCAUCCUCAACAUCGCACGGCGCAUCGGGACGGAGACGCCCAACAUGGGCAUAUCGGAGGAAUCAUCGAUGGAGGAUAUUCCGCACGAGGCGAAACCACCCCAGGGAAGUCCCUCGGAGCGAUCAUGCGCCGGUAUUUCGGGCGGGGGCACCGGAAGUCCCCUGUCGGAGCAAAAUAGUGAAGGGGAUAUGGAUGAUUGUGUACCAAGGCGGAAGCAGAGACGCUAUAGGACAACCUUCACGAGUUUUCAACUUGAAGAACUUGAAAAAGCCUUUUCACGAACUCACUACCCCGAUGUCUUCACGAGAGAGGAGCUGGCGAUGAAGAUUGGACUGACGGAGGCACGAAUUCAGGUUUGGUUCCAGAAUCGCAGGGCCAAGUGGCGGAAGCAGGAAAAAGUCGGACCUCAGGGACAUCCCUAUAAUCCCUACUUGAGUGGUGGAGCAUCCAUUCCUUCAGCAACUUCAGUGGCACCAUCGUUGCCACCGAAUCCUUUCACACAUCUGGGCUUCAAUCUGCGGAAGCCCUUCGAUGCUGCCAGUUUGGCCGCCUUUCGGUAUCCUCACCUCACGGGCGGUCCAGUGAUUCCUCCGGGCUACCUUCACCAGUUCCACAGAGCUCCUCCGCCGCCAAUUUUACCACCGGGAGUUGGAGCUCUAUAUACCCCAGGUACGUCCUUCCAGACCCUUCUGGCCAAUAUUUCUGCUGCCCAACGUCACCAACCGCCCCCAUUGCCGCCGCCGCCGGUGCCAGUUCCUGGAAAAUCACCAGACAUACUAAUAAGUUCCGCUGCAUCAACUUCUCCUCCCCUAUCGCCACCCACAUCGGGUCUCACAGCGUCGGCGGGAACUCCAGGAGUGUCUGAAGAUCGCAGGUCGUCCUCCAUUGCGACGUUGCGUCUGAAGGCGCGAGAACAUGAACUGAGACUCGAAAUGCUGCGGCAAAAUGGACACAGUGAUAUUCUAAGUUAAUAGCGUUCACAAAGAAGACAGAGUUGGAAAUAAUUUAGAUAGGAGAUGAAAGAUGACAAAAAAAAAUGUGUGAGUGUGAAGUUUUUAGUUUUGAGAUUGUUUUUUUUUUGUUGAAUCAAUUUUAAGUUCAUCUUUUUUGGAAGGGGAAAGGGACAAGUGAAUCAAGACGAAUUAAUUUUUCUUCUUCACAUUCUUCGAAUCAUUUGUUAAAUUUUCUUUUGUUAAUAUUCACAACGGGUUUGUUUUAAUUUUUUAGUUGCAAAGAAUCAUUUAAGAAACAUUGAGGAAAAUUUGAAAAAUCAACUUCAAUUGAAUUUAGAUUAUUUUGGAAAUUCCCAGAGUUACGAGGGGUUUGUUGGAUGACAUUUCUUGAACUUUAAGCUUUUAUUGUAGAUAUUUGCGUAGGGAAAUGAAUAUGUUUACAAGUUCAAGAGAAAAUGUUUUCCAAUUAAUCGAAACUCAAUUAUUGUACACCAAAAUUCAUGUGUUUUUCUUUUUUAAUUCCAGUUUUGGUUCAGUUUGUUUUUUUAAUAAAAAAUCUAAUUGAAUUUACUUCCGGAUGAGAAA